UCCUGCGUGUUGUGUCUCGAGGAGAAAGACCAUCACUAGUUCUCGCUGAUAUUCCUCUCCUUUUCCCUCGACGACAUGAGUGACGACUGGGCUAAGGCCGCGGAGGAACAAGAGGCCAAGGAUCUCGCCUCGAAGGUUCAGACCCUGAGCAUUCCAGAGGAUGGCAGCAAUGCCAAACCAGCUCCAGCCACAGAGGCUGAGGAAACACCCAGUGAGGCCUCGACAGAGGAGGCGCUCACAGCAGCUGAGGAGUCCCUCAUGCGCAAGGUGAUGCGCAAGGGCAUCAUCGAGUCCAAGAACAACGUGGAGGUUUAUCGGAAGGAUCCCAAUAACCCACUGUACUCUGUCAAGGACUUUGAGGCAUUGAACCUGCGAAAGGAGCUGCUGGAUGGCAUAUAUGACAUGGGCUUCAAGUUGCCCUCCAAGAUCCAGGAAACAGCUCUGCCCACGCUUCUUGCUGACCCGCAGGCGUUGGGAACACCGUGGCGAACCCUUUUACAUGUGACCACAAUUUCUGAGACAGGGACAACCCACUACAGCCGCCGGUCUGGUAAAAUGAUUUUGCCGCAUGCUUACAUCGUCACGGCAGUAGCGCCUGCUGGCAACCCUACUACCACACCUAAGGGCCCCAAAAAGUCAUAA